UUGUCUGUCGCGCACCCACAUACUUAUCGCGCACCGCAGUCUUCUCCCAAUAGUCGAUUCAUAGUUGCGUACGGUAUGAAAAAUAUAUUGCAGCUAAAAAAUCGAUUAGUUUGGUAGUUAAUCAGUUACUUGCUGCCGCUGCAGCUACUCGCAGCUUCCCACUUAAUUCGGAAGCGGCUCGUCAAUGCAUUAAAAAAUUCGGCGCGCUCAUUGUUUGUGAAUUUCCUAUUUGGAUUAUGUUGGUGUUUUUGAAUUCACGGUCUUUCGCUUUAAAAUAAAACCGGAAAGGGCAUUUCGGAAUUUCAGAAAACCGUGAGUGUUGGAUCUGAGAAUUCCACGUCAUCUUAACAUGCUAUCGAAGUUAUAGUUAAUACAAUCCGACACCGCCGCCAUGUCCGUACAAGACAACUUUAAUUAUUGUAGGAGCUGGAUGUAACGUAAUAAGAAAAUGGAAGGUGGAGCUCGCCCCGGCUCUCUAGUUCCUCCACGUAAUAAUUCGACGUUAGGGGUUCUACCAGGAUUAAGAAUUCCCGAUGGACCCAAAGUGGAACACUGCAAUCGGAUCGACACGGAUUACAAUCUAACAACGGCGGCAAUAUGUUCGGUUUACGUGGUCUUCGGAAUUCUGUACACAUUUUUCGGUUAUCGCUGCUUCAAGACCGUUAUGUUUCUCACGGGAUUCAUAUUUGCAUCAAGUCUAGUCUACUUAAUAUGUCUUCAAGGCGAAUUAAUGCCGCCCUAUGGAAACGCCGGCGUAGCUCUACUGGCUGGUUUUUUAUUUGGAUUGAUUACAAUGUUGGUGCAAUACGUUGGGUUGUUUAUGAGUGGCUUACACACGGGAUUACUGUUGGGCUUAGCAGCGCUCUUAGCUGCGGAUCAUAUACUCGAAACGUCUCCUAAGGGAUCCGUUUGGCUCUGUGUAGGUGUUCUACUAGUAUCUGCACUAAUUUUUGCCGUCCUUAAUUUAUAUUUUAGAAAAGGUCUUACGAUAUUAGGUACCAGUGUUUAUGGGGGCGCAAUCAUAUCUGUGGCUGCCGACUACUUUCUGGAAAGGGUCGCUAUGGUGUUCUGGGUGUGGCAGAGAGUAUCUCUUCGUCCCGUAGCUCCAGCGCCUUGUUGGUUUUCAUGGAUUGUACUGGGUAUAUGGCCGGCACUGGUCUGUGCCGGUUUAAUUAUACAAUUUAGCCUCACUGGACGUGGCACAUACCACGCUGAUUUAUUUGCAGGCCGUAAAAAGCCGAGAAGUUCGAGCGCGCACAGAGGACAGACUAGAGUCGACAAGGCAGAAUUGCGACAGAAAAAGUACAGGUAUCUUUACCAAGUUCGUACAGCUCACGGUGAUGUAAUUAGCCAGAAUUUUGUACAGGCCUUGCAAAAAAAGGAUCCGGGUGGAGCUCCAGGCGAAUGCAGCACACUUCAGUCAGACGCAACUCACCUUACAAUACUGCCAGAUGCACAAUUAGCGGCGCUUACCGAAAGCGAGGAUGAUAGCCAAACAGAAAUCCCAACCCAACGAUAAAUCGUGAGUGACUUUUAUCAACAGACCAGGAAAUGGCGUUAAAAUUAACUGUGUGACAACAGGAAAAGUUGGGGUGCUUGUGAUUUUUUCUUUAAGAAAUAACGUGCGCUACGAAGUAGCUUAAUAGAUGUUGCUUUACGUUUACGAUGUUCUCUCAUAUGCAUAGAUCCCAAGAAUGUGUGAAGUGAUUAGUUUUUGAAACAUGUAUGACUUCCAUGUUUUUUCAAAGUAACAUAUUGAUGGCUGUGAAUAUUGACAUGGAUGAAACCAAAAAUUCGACUUAGAAAAUGUAACUCAAAAACUAACCACUUGUGGGAAUGAAACGAAGCAUGCCUGAAUCAUUUCAAAUGACUUAAUUGAUAUCAAAACUACAUUUAGGACACUUAUGUCCAGUUUCACAAUGUUUCCUAAUGUUAGUUUUUGCAGAUUUAACUAUUGAAAGCGUUGUGAAGCUGUGCAAUUCAGUAUCAGCUUUUGACAAAAUAAACAUGUACAAAUAUAUAAAUUUUGUAUAGAGCUUAAACGUGACUUACUUUAAGUGAGAGGAUUACAAUAUUAUAUUAUUGAUGUUACACAAUAAUGUGAUAUUGUAAUUUAGACAGCCCAUAUGUUUAGCCGAGCUUGAACUUGGUAAGGGCAUCAUCCUUAGUGUGAAAGUAGAUGACUCGGUUAAAUUUAUGUGAUGUAGGUAAUUAAAUCUCUACUCAUAAUUACAGAGAUGAAAGUGUGAUAAAAAUAUUUAUGUGAAACAUAAAUGUGCUAAUAUCAAAGUCUUACUAUCAAUACAUUCCUCUUUGUUAGGUUCCUCUUCAUAUCAUCAAAGAUUAUUUUUAUAGGGUUUGUUAUUCUUAACAAAAUUUAUUUUUUUUUUAAUUGUAAGAUAAGUAUUUAUUUAUUAUAACUAAUUAUGCUGCUAAAGACAAGUGGCGAAAGGAAACUUCCAGAUCCCUUUUAAAAAACUGCCGUAAUUUCGAAUAGUCCAUAUUUUAAAUAUCUUUAAUCCUAUUAUGAAAUUAGAAUUUAGUGAUAUCCCUACUUAUAUAUACUUUUCAUCACUGCCAUUAUACUAAAACACUUAAUUUAAUCAUUUAUUUUAUAUUUUAGAGGGUUAUAGGACAAAGUGCCUUGUGCAGCUAAAAAAAUUGUUUGAAUCUGAAUCUCCUUUUUUCUGUUAAACCGUUUCUAAAUGGGAUUUGCAAAUCUUUUCUUCCAUGCAUUGUUGUUUUACAUAAAUUAAAAGUUGAUUGUUCUUUAAUCCCAGCCACAUGAGAAGAAUGUGAUAUACAUAUAGAAUAUAAGCUGAAUGUAAAUACAAAUCUUAGUCGAUAUUAUCAACCGUUAUGUAAAUUUCAUGGAGGGCGGGUUUUGUCAGUGAAUGUGUAAAAAUUCUUUGUAAUGUCUUUGUAAUUUGAAAAAAAAAUGAGGUUGAUAAUAAAUUUAUUCAUUUGUA